AUGUUUUUCUAAUUUAGAUUCAGCGAAAAUGCGAAUUUCUUAUUAAAUAUUAAUUUGAUCCUAAGAUUGGCAACAGGUAAUUAUAUCAAUUUAAAUACUCUAGUAGAUAUUAUUAAAUAGUACCCUACAAAGAAGAAAGUAGGGAUGGACCAAAUCGCUGAAUAAACAAUAUAUCUUGAAAAAUAAUUUGUCUAUUGUUAACAAAUUUUUAUGGAAAAUAAAUAUAUUUUUUUAAUACUAAUGAAGGCUACAUUUUGA